AUGAACAACAGAGGAAACUCAAACUACAAUGGAAGGCUGAAUGGAACCUCAGAUACCAUCAUUAACAGAAUAAACUCAACAAAAGUUAAGAUCAACGAAACAUCAAUUAACUCUGCUGCAUUUCAGGACCAUAUUAUGAACAGUUUCAAUUUAGGAGGGAUAGACCCAUUUAGACAGAAGCCAAGACUUCCUAAAAGACCAUCUUAUUUAUCAAAAUCCAAGAAAAAGCCUCCAACAGGAACAAAAAGAUCUCUAGCAAAUGCUGGAAUGAACAUUAUGAGGACUGAAUCUGCAAAUUCAAGUGUUUCUAUUCCAAAGACAAGAACUGGGCUCAGUAAGAAAUAUGGUUCAAGUUCAAGACCAAAACUUCUACAUGAAGAGAGUAAAGUCGCUACAAAUGGAGGCGUGUAUCGAACCAAAAACCUGCUUGAGAAGCUCAACACAGAGACUUACAUAGACAUUGAGAAGAAAAGGGAAGAUUAUGUGAACAAAUUAUCUCUUGCCCAACGCAGAGGUCUUGUUGAACGCCCUCCAAUGCCUCUCUCCUUAAAAGAAUGGAAAGGGAUUGAAACAAAGGGAGCAAUUCGUUCAGAAAACAACGACUCAUGUUCUAUCUGACUGGAGAAAUUUAAGAUUGAGGCUCAGACAAUUCUAUCCUGCUCACAUAUAUUUCAUACGAAUUGCUUACAUAGCUUUGAGAAGUAUAGCCGUCACAAGAUGUGACCCCUCUGAAGGUCCAAAGAUUAUGAUAAAAAGGAAUAUGUAGCAGGCCAGAAGAAAUUCUUAAUAAAUUGAUUGAUCAAAAUCCAAUCCUUAGUCAAAGGCUUCCUCCAGAGGCUGAAUUUUUAUGCAAAUAUGAAGGAAACAGGGUAUAAACCUGCCAAUGAGACUCUGAACCGAAACUUCAUUGCUUAUAAAUUAGGCAGAAUCAGUAAGAAGCAGAUCGAUCAUAUGAAGAAAGAGAGGCUAGGAGUUGAAGCCUACAUGAAGCACAUGAAAUUAGACACCAAAUCAGCAGAGGCUCUUAUUGAAGAAUUCUUACCAAAUGUCGAAAAGAUAUUCAGGGAUCGAGCACAAGCAAUUUCAAAUUUAAAAAUCAAACUUGAAGAAAAAUCUCAGACGAAAUUGACUUAUAGAUGGCAAAGAGCUUAUGAUAAAGCUUCGAAGAGAGCAGACUGAGAAUGAGCUAUAUGCUACAGCAACUUUAACACAGAUAAGCCUACGUAUCUCCUCAGCUGUAGUCAUAUCUUCCAUCAAGCAUGAUUAGACAACUUCGAAAGGUUUGAUAUGUCUAUGAGGCAAGCAUGUCCAUUGUGUAGAGUUGGGUAUGAAAAAUUGUUAAUUAAGCUUAAAACUGAGUAA